AAGUCUAAUAACCGUGGGUUAUGGUGGUGUAUGCCGUCUUCCGUUAGUUUACGUUUGUUUCCUGUUUUUCUUGAUCCAUCGUGUUCAAGGAGUUCGCUUUUUUCCAUCCAUUGGCUCCUUGUUUAUUAAAUUAGUUUAUAUUUGGAUUAUUUCUUGUUUUAGGUAAAAAUGUAUUCUGUAAUAGAAUUUAAACAAGAAGAAGAUGGUGGUGGACUAUCUAUAGUAAAUUCAACUUGGUUGACACCUAGAAAAACUGAAGUACGUUGGCCCCCUAUAAAAGAUAACCUUCAAUUUAAAAAAGUGCUACGCAAACUAGAACCUGAAAUUGAUGAAACUUGGAAGAUAUAUGGUGUCCAGAAAAUUUUUUAUUCAACAGAUGAUUUUGAAAAGGCCACAAAUAAAUUAAAAAGAGCAGAAAUAACAUCUGAUCUACAAACUGAUCUUGAGGAUGAUAAUACCAGACCCAGAAGAAAGAUCCUGAAACGAAAAUUUAGUUCGGAUGAGGACAGCAACGACCAGGUUUCGCUAUUUAAGCCUGGCAAAAAGUCGAAGCAAAUUUUACCACGGCCUCCACCUGUGGGAAUUAAUAAACUCUAUACAAAUCCAAGAGGAUCGUCUCAAGAAUUGGAAUCUGGGACAGAUGAGUCUGACCCUGGCAUACCUUCUGGCUCUCAAUUUAUGAAAAGCAUAUCCACACCAAGGGAUAAGUUAUCAUUUCAGAUAUCUACACCAAAAUCUUCAUCGUCUUUUGGUAGGCAAGAAGCAACUGAAAUACAAACACCGACUCUGAACGAGUCUCUAAAUUUUGAUAAUAGUCUUCAGGAUACAAAUGGAUUGAAGGUUCUACUUAAACAUAUAUUAACAAUUAAGGAACAGAACAGAAAAAUUCUAAAUAUUUUGGAGAAAUCAAAACCAUUUGAAAAUUCAGAUUUACCUGAUGACUUCAAAAUAAAAUUGCCAAUAGAAUCCUUACAAGACCUGGAAGAACUAGAGAUAUAUUUGACAGAAGAAGAGAACUUCAACACUUUUAAAUCAUACUGUGCCUCAAUUUCAAACCUGAAAGAUGUUACCCAGAAGAAUAAUAGGAUAUUAAGAUCUCUUUUGACAGAUAAUAUUGCGAAGCAUUUUAAUUACUUCGGUAACAACCGGCGGCAAGACAGAGUAUCAAAUAAGCGACCAUUUAAUCAACUGCGCUUAAACAAAGUGGUUCUAGAUGCGGUAAAACAAGGAACUGACUUUACAACUCAUGAAGUUGAGAACGCUAUUAAGCGCUGGUUAAAACAUGCUCCUAACCGUAACAAGAAAAAUUACUAAUUUGGAAUUGUUUUAAUUUUAGUUUUUUAUUUGAUUAAACAUGCAAAGGUUUUAUAAAGAAACUGUAGGUGAACGCCAAAUGUGUAGGAGGGUGGCUAAGGAACUUAAAAAUACGAUUGAAGGUCUUAAUAGUAAUUUAAAUCAGGCUUCUUCCCUUGUUAGUAAAACAGUAGUACAUAGUGAUACCGUUUAGUAAGUUUUUAAGGAUAAGUAUAAAAUUUGCAAGAUGUUGAUGUAUAAAAUGUAACAUCUUUAUUUAAAAAUAGUCAAAAAAUUUAAAAAUAAAAAUAUUCUCGAUUAUGUUCAAAAAAAUUUAAAUUUUUUGACUAUUUAAAAAAGUAUGUUUUACACAUCAAUAUUUUGCAAAUUUUAUGAAAAAGAUUAUUAUUAAAAAGUUAUAUUUAUUAAAAAAAAAUACUUAUUUAUGACCAUUCAAAUACAGUGGAACCUCGAUAAGUCGGCCCCCGAUAACCCGGAAGUCCGGCUAACCCGGACCGAUUUUCUUCAGACAAACAUUUCAACAAUAAAAAUGUAUGUAUUAUGUUAAAAACAUUUUAUCUGUAGCCGCUUCUGGAAUGUCUUAAAAAUAUCGAGUUUCAUUGAUAAAAUUUGGCUUUGACCAUAAUAUAAUAUUUGAGAGAUAAUGGGUAUUUGUGUAUUGUAAUUUGAACUAUACGGUAAAGAUGACUCAUGGCACACGGCGGCAGCAGAUUAUCCAUUAUCGGGCUAUCGCAAACAACAGGCACCUUUUAUUCCUUUAUUUAUUUUCAACUGUCUUUUAAAAAAUUAUUUUUAGAACAAUGGUCUUUUAAAGUUUAAACAAUGAAAGAGCCACUGUUCUUAAAUAACAUAACAUCCUUCCGAUGGCAGACGAAAUUGACACAGCCGAAACUGACUGAGUUUUUUUUUACCUAGAAAUGAACAAUGCUCUUUCUAUACUGUCUAUACUAUACUCUAUACAAUUAUACAACUAUAAUAGGUAAGUUAGAUAUGUGUACUGUGCAUAUAUAUUUCAUGUUAUUUUAAUUAUAACGGACUUUAUCUAUAAGGAUACCGUAUUUUAUUAAUUUUUACAAUGCUCUCCGGCUAACCCGGAUUUUCGAUAACCCGGAUCGGCCGCGGUCCCGAUUAAUCCGAGUUAUCGAGGUUCCACUGUAUUAUUUUUAAAUAGCCAUGGGGAUGCGAUUCAAGAUUUUCAAAAAGAUACAUUGUCAAGUAUGAUACAUCACUAGAUUUGAAAUUUUGUGAAGAACAAUAUUGUCACAAAAAAAUUAUCUCAUUUCCUGUUAAACCGGAAGUAAUAAUUGAAGCACCGCCAAAAGCUGAAUAUUUAUGUGAUUUCAAAAUAAUCGGUUUAUUAACAAAAAAGUUAUUCACUGUUACCUGAUCUCGUCACCAGGUAUAUCUUAGCCACCCUACCUGCCAUUUGCUUUACAAAGUUUCUUGUAUUUUAUAUUCACCUGUCAUUUUACAAAGUUUUUUGUAUUUUAUAUAAUAAAAGUUUUGACAGAG